AUCUAAGUCAAUCUAAGUUUAGCCAACUUAGAUUUGUCCAUCGACGUUUUGAAUUGGAACCUCUCAAGUUUAGGUCAUCUAUUUUAUUUUGCUUUGUUUGUAACUUUCAUAGUGACCAUUUUGUAAUUUUUAUAGUUGGGUAACUAAAAAUGACAAAAUUAGAUAGUUGAGUGGCUCGUUUGUAACUUUUCAUUGUUGAGUGAUAAAAAAAAAACAUAAUUGGGUGGAUAUUUUGUAAUUUUUUAUAAUUAAGUGACCAAAAAAGAAAUAAAACAUAGUUGAGUAACUACUAACAUGGUUUACCCUUUUUUUAAGAUCCAAUGAUUUUCCUUUCCAUUUUCAAAGUAUAUUUCUGUUGAUAUUAGGUUUGUGGAUUUUCCAAUGAAUCUAUCGUGAAAGUGACCUCUGAAAGAUGGUAGAGAUAAACUAUCUAUACCUUUUCAUGAUGCCUGAGGGGACUUUCACAAUAAUUGUUGGUUGAGUCAUGGAAGAUCAUUUGUGUGUGCCCUUGGAUGUAAUUCAAAAAUGUAUUAAACUGCUAAAAGAGCUCAUCCCAUGUGUUUGUACAUAUAAAGCCCCAUUGUCUUAAGAAGGAUCCAGACUUGCUCCUAAAUGUGAAUAGAGCAUUAACUCUCAUACAAAACCACAAGCAGCUCGAUGCAGCUGCUUCCAUUUUUUUAUUAUUAUCUGCAAACAAUGUCCUAAAAGAGAGCAACAAGGUGCCCAAUUAACUCUCUUUCUCUAACUCUCAAUGGAUCCUCAUCCAUUAAUUUAUUUAGCAAAUUAUACAUUAAAAAAAUUGUAAAAGAUUCCAUGGGUACUUAUCUAUAAACCAUAAGAACUUGACCAAAGUUUAAUCAUUUUUCCAUUGUUAUCUUCACCCCAAAGUUUUCAGUUCCAUUUCCAGCUUCUGUACCAAUGGCAGAUCAGCCAACAAAGAGGUAUGCAGUGGUUACGGGUUCAAACAGGGGCAUUGGAUUUGAAAUAUGCAAGCAGUUGGCUACAAAGGGUAUGACGGUGGUGUUGACGGUUAGAGACGAGACGAAUGGUGUUGAAGCCGUCGGAAAAUUGAAACAGUUUGGGUUCUCUGAAACUGUGGUGUUUCAUCGACUGGACGUGACGGAGCCAGCGAGUGUUUCGAGUUUGGCAGAUUUUGUAAGGACUCAAUUUGGAAGGCUUGAUAUCUUGGUGAAUAAUGCUGGAAAUGGUGGAGUAACAGCAGAUGAAGAUGCUUUAAGAGAUGGUGUUCUUGGCAAGGUAAUCUGGAGUCUCAACUGGAGUGGAACAUUGAUGGAAACAAAUGAGUUAAGUGAGGAAUGCCUCAAAACAAACUAUUAUGGUGUCAAACAGUGUGAAACACUCCUCCCACUUCUCCUCUUAUCUGAUUCACCAAGAAUUAUAAAUAUUUCUUCUUCAAUGGGACAAUUAAAAAACAUAUCAAAUGAAUGGGCAAAAGCAGUACUAGGAGAUGCUGAAAACCUCACAGAAGACAAAGUGGAUCAAGUACUGAGAAUAUUUAUGAAUGAUGUCAAGGAAGAUUCAUUAGAAGCCAAAGGUUGGCCUACACUUUUGGCAACAUAUUCCAUCUCAAAAGCAGCCAUGAAUGGCUAUGCAAGGGUAUUGGCUAAAAAAUACCCAAGUUUCCAGAUCAAUUGUGUUUGCCCUGGCUCUGUCAAAACUGACAUCAACUACAAUACUGGCCUAUUACCUGUUGAAGAAGGAGCUGAGAGUGCCGUGAGGUUGGUUUUGUUGCCCAAUAAUGGCCCUUCUGGCCACUUCUUUGUUAGGAUGGCACGAUCAGAAUUCUGAUCAUAUAAUUAUUUCAAGAUUCGUAGUUAUUCCUAUUAAUAAAAUUACCUCUAAUAUUCGAACCUAAUAACUCUCUCUAAAAGGAUAAUGUAACUUAUCACUACACUCAACACUUAGUUAAUUUGCUUAUGAACAUCUAUGAGACUAUGACUCUAAUAAAAGACAUUGGCAAUUCAUUUUUAUUU